AUGUCACCAACAUUCUCCUACACGUACACACCCACAGAAUAUUACCCCAAAUCCUAUCAACCAGCCCUCCAUUGCCGCCCAUCCAUCCCCUCAGACUACCUCCCGGACGAUGAAUAUCGCUACCUAGUAAAACUGCAAGACCGCUCACGUUUAGAAUACCAUUUCGCUCAACCCUCAUUACCCUCUUCUUCAUACAAGACUUUCCGGAAAACAGCAUAUCAAGAACAACCUAACUUGAGUCGCGAAUGGCGUACAAAGGUUUCCGAGACGGCAAAUGCUACUCGUGCGGCAUUAGGACCAAUUUUCGAUUUCACGGAGGGGGGAUACGAGCGUAUGCAAACAGCAAAUAAUAAUCGAUAUACUGAUGGUAGGUAUCGUGAUGAGAGUGAGUAUGAAGAUUACGUUCCUUCUCGCCGUGUCCAUGAGCUCAGCCAGAAAUACUGGGAUAACGACGAAGAGUACAUGAAUGAGCAGUAUCGCAAGACUAGUUGUAGUCUGCAUUCAGAAAGCGGUAUGAUAGGGGAAUAG